AAACAUUAUCCAUAAUAAUAAGAAAAAUGAGAAGGGGUAGGGAGAUUAUUAGCUAGGGUUGACGUGGAAUCUGAGAAGGAUGGGGAGGAAGAAGCUGGAAAUAAAGCGAAUCGAGGACAAGAGCAAUCGGCAAGUGACCUUCUCCAAGAGAAGAGCCGGUCUUUUUAAAAAGGCUAAGCAACUUUCCAUCCUUUGCGAUGUCCAAAUUGCUGCCGUUAUUAUCUCUAAUAGUGGCAAGCUCUAUGAAUUCUCUCACGCCAAAAGUUUAGCUGCGAUUCUUCAACAGUAUAAUGAUCUCUCUGAGAUAGACGAGCGUGAAGCCACCAUAAUCCAUGAGCCUGAGAACUCAAAAUAUGCAAGCAGUGAGUCUAAGGGAGAUCUCUUACAAAGAGUUGAAAGAGACCUAGCUGAAGACAAUCUAGACCAUCUUACUAUGGAGAAUCUUGCGCAACUGGAGACAGAAAUAGAAACAACAUUAGUUCAAACAAGGGCAACAAUAAUCUCUCUUAAUAAACAGUUGAUGAUGGAAUCAAUAACAACUCUCCAAGAAAAGGAGAAGUUGCUGAGAGAAGAAAACGAGCUCCUGGUGCAGCAGAUUGCUGCAAUGGAGGAUGACCAUAAUAGAGAGGAAGAUACAGACUUGCGCAACCUUGCAGAUAAGGAGACGGAUCGUGUGCCAUGGAAGGAAACACUUAUGUUGCUACGUUAGUAAUAUGUUACAUCUAUAAAUCAAGGACCACUUGCAGGUAGACAUCUGAUCUGAAUGCAUGUUACAGUUGUUUCUAUAUGGCUGUUCAGUAGCUGUGUUUCAGAAGGUAUACAUGUUAUUGUCGGCCCAAGAAAGCACUGCACUGUGCCUUAUGUUUUAACUUGCUGCUUUGGAAAAGAAUAAGACGGGUUUUGUUUUAUUGAACACCGUUGUUUGGACAUGUUAUGGGCUUAUGGCUCCAUAAGGACUCCUGGAACUAAACAAUAAUAAGUAACUGUUUGAGACGAGUGUGUGUUCUCUUUUCUCUAUUCUUCCUAGUAACACUGUUGUUUGGAGAUGUUCUGGCUCCAUUAUGACUCUAUUGGACUCGACAAUGAUAAGGCACUGUUUGUAUUU